GCCUAUCUUGUAAAGUAAAAAGGGAAACAAACAGAAGCAAAGUUCAUAGCCUUGUGGUUUUUCCUUUUGACCAGAGCAGAGUGGCAUCGUGUCCCAAGACUGCUCUGAAGUUAACCCUCCUGCCUUGCCUUAUCCCAUGCACUGAGCACCUUAAGAGAAAAGCUGCUUUCAGAGCAGCUGUCAGUUGCUCUUGGCUGAAGCAUGGAAAUCUCUACUCUCGCCACGUACCACUGCCUUGCUUUUGUCUGGUACUUUUUCGUUGCCUACUCCAUCGCACACGUGAAAACAGAGGAGCGGCCAUCUGAAGUGUUCCUUUAUGGUGGGCAGUGGAAAUAUUUGACAGUCCUCAAUCUGGUUUUGCAGGCUGUCUUCUAUGGGGUGUCCUUCCUGGCUGAUGUGUUGAGACUAAUUAAGAAACUGCGAUGUGCUAAGUGCAUAAUUUCCAGCAGAGACCUUCUUUUCAGUGUCCUGGCUUUCCCAGUGUCCACAUUUGUGUGUGUAUCCUUUUGGACAUUGUAUACCUACAACAGAGAGCUGGUUUACCCCAAAAGCCUUGAUGGAGUCAUCCCGCUCUGGUUAAAUCAUGCUAUGCACACGGCUGUAUUGCCAUUUGCUCUCCUGGAACUCCUUGCCUUGCCGCAUCGUUACCCAGCAAAGAAGAAGGGAUUGAUCCUACUGGGAUUUGUCGCUCUUCUGUAUAUCAGUUGGGUCCUGUGGAUUUAUUCUGUAACAGGAGAGUGGGUAUAUCCUCUCUUUGCUUUGUUCAACCCCCCUGGACUAGCAGCCUUUUUUGCCGGUAGCCUUGCCAUCAUCGUCGCCUUCUACAACUUCGGAGAGUUCCUCAACCGUAUGAUAUGGGAGUUUCUAGAGUACAAGACAAUGUUGAGCAAUAGAGAAACUCCAAAGAGGAUAAUUUGA